GGCAGCACACUUUGGCACGUGCAAGCAGGGUCCCAUCUCUGCCACGCUCACCUUCAGGAGCCCAGCUGGUGUCCUGACACGCGCAGCGCAGCCAUGUGAUGCCGGAGGAGCGCAGUGGCGAUGAUAUGGAAUGUGGGCAGCUGCCUCCGGACACGCUCCGACAAGUGACGGUCCAGAGACACCCCCAGCUCGGGUUCGGCUUCGUGGCCGGCAGUGAGAAGCCGGUGGUGGUGCGCUCGGUGGCAGCAGGCGGCCCCUCUGAGGAUAAACUCCUGCCAGGAGACCAGAUCUUGGCCAUCAAUGAUGAGGACGUGAGUGAAGCCCCCAGAGAGAGAUUCAUCGAGCUUGUCAGGAAGGCCAAGGAUUUCAUCAUCCUCACGGUCCUGCACACCCACCAGUCUCCCAAAUCUGCUUUCAUCAGCGCAGCCAAGAAGGCGAAGCUGAGGUCCAACCCCGCCAAGGUCCGCUUUUCAGAGCAGGUGACAGUCGGUGAGACAGACCCAGACAUGUUGAAGAAAGAAGCUCUCCUCCUCAUUCCCAACGUGCUGAAGGUUUUCCUGGAGAAUGGGCAGAUCAAAUCCUUCACGUUUGAUGGCAGAACCACCGUGAAGGACGUGAUGGUGACAUUGCAGGACCGCCUGUCCCUGAGACACAUUGAGCACUUUGCCCUGGUCCUGGAGUAUUCCAGCCCGGAGCAGAGCCACCGCUUCCUGCUGCUCCAGGACAAGCAGCCGCUGGCCCAUGUCGUACAGAGGACGCACUACCACGGCAUGAGAUGCCUCUUCCGUGUGAGCUUCUUCCCCAAGGACCCGGUGGAGCUGCUGCGCCGGGAUCCUGCAGCAUUCGAGUACCUGUACAUCCAGAGCCGCAACGAUGUGAUCAGAGAGCGCUUCGGCACAGACCCUAAGCCGGAGAUGCUGCUGGGGCUGGCUGCCCUCCACAUCUACAUCACCGUCUCAGCCACGCGCCCCAGCCAGAAGGUCUCCCUCAAGAACGUGGAGAAGGAGUGGGGCCUGGAGCCCUUCCUGCCCCCCUCGCUCCUUCAGCUCAUCAAAGAGAAGAGUCUGCGGAAAUCCCUCUCGCAGCAGCUCAAAGCCCACCAGAACCAGCCUGGUAGCGCCAAGGUCUCCACAGCCCAGGCGAAGCUGCAGUACCUGAGGAUCUUGAACGAGUUGCCCACCUUUGCUGGGGUCCUCUUCAACACAGUGGGACUGGACGAGAAGCAGCCAGCCACCACGCUUCUGGUGGGACCCCGCCAUGGCAUCAGCCAUGUCAUCGACCUGAAGACCAACCUCACCACAGUGCUGUCAGAGUUCAGCAAGGUCAGCAAGAUCCAGCUCUUCAGAGAGAACCAGGGAGUGGCCCGGGUGGAGACAAGCAUCCUGGAUGCCAAGCCGCUGGUGCUGCUGAUGGAGUGGCCUGAAGCCACCAACUUCGCCUGCCUGAUCGCAGGCUACUGCCGUCUGCUGGUGGACUCCAAGAAGAUGAUCUUCUCCAGGGCCCCCAGCCAGCCGCCCCCACCUCAGAUUAUCAAGGCAGAUCACAUCAACGCACACAGCCUCCAGCAGCCCGCUGCAGCGGGGCACACGGGAAGGAAGGAGAGUGGCUCGGUGGAUGGCUCUGCCGCCAGCGCCGGAGCAGCAGGGGCUCCAGCCUCCAGGGCGUCCGACUCGGAGCUCAUCAGCUUUUGCUACCUGCAUAUGCGAGAGCAGAGGAAGGAAAGGGAGAGCAGGACGGACAUCAACGAAAACCUGAUUUUCUUUGAGGAGACUCGCCCCAGGACCAAAUCUGACCCCACUUCCAAAAGCUCCGGCCAGGGCUACAAUGGAACAGCAACAGAGUAUGACCCAGACGGCCUUGGCCGAGACAGGCAGACGAGCAGGGCCAGGGCGCACACCAUAGACACCCACCUGUGGACCGACGCCUCGCACUUCUACUGCGAGUCCUGCCAAGCCAAGAUCAAGAGCCGCCUGGCCGCCGGCAAGGGGGGCAAGGCUGGCGGCGGCCGCGACACUAUGGUGGACUUGAUGUCGCUUCCCCCUCCCGGGAGCGACGAGGAAGAGGAUGAGACCACGUCCUUGCUCCCUGCCAUCACCGCCCCACCUCCUGGCUUCCGAGACAACAGCUCAGACGAGGACGACCCCAAGCGCCGGGCGGCUGCGCAGAGCCAGGAGCAGGGCCGGCACCUCUGCAGCAUCCUCUACGACGAGAUCCCUGUCACGCUGAUAGACAACGUGCAGCCGCGGACGGUGCGGGACCACGCCCAGGAGCUGGACGAUGCUCUGGUGUCCACCCUGCAGGCACUGGAAGCCCUGGCUGCUUCGGAGGAUUGCCCACACCCCCCACCACAGCAGACAGCAGGUCUUAUUGUCCUCGCUGCCAUCACUCCUGAGUCAUCCUUGGAUUCUGGCCAUGAAACCAAUUCCUCAGAGCUAACUGAUGUCUCGGAGAUGGUCUCUGCUAUGAAGCAGCAUCAGAAUGCAGCCUACUUCCUCGCACAACACAUCAACAAAGAAAACCUUCUGGCCAGAAAGGACUUGCCUUUCCGAAUCCAGAGCUGUGCUGCCCAGGCUGUUCUCACCUCGCCCUACCCCCUCAGCCGCCAGGAGCCGAGCCCUUUGCUGAAGCCAGCAGCAUUCUCACCCCAAAGCCCCAACCUUACCAACUGCAAGAGCAAACAGCAGCAGCAGCACGCCGAGCGGAGCCGCAGCUUGGAUGGCCAGCCACUGCUGACCCCCCAGCUUACUGAGCAGAACAGGGGGGCUCCAGUGCCAGGCUCUGAAUGCAAAGGUGCAGGCCACGCAAAAGCUGCCUUUGAGGUAUCUCUGCAUGCCCCAGCAGCCUCGAGCAGAGAGCAGGCACAAGAUCUACAAGAGAAGAUACCCAAAGAGGUCCAGCCAAGCUCCAAGCUCCUCCUGGAUCAAAAAAGUGGGGUAAGUCCAGCCAUCAUCUCAGCUGCUCUGCAGCAAGUGGCUAAUGCAAAAGGGUCAGCUCCACAAGUGGCAGCAGCCUCAAAAGAAGAGCAGAACAUGAAUGGUACUAGCAGCUGUGCAUCAUCCAGCAGCAAGCCUUCGAAACCUAGAGGAGGUCCACAAACUGCAGAGACAUUAUGCAACUGUCAGCAGCAGCAGCAGCAGCAGCAGCAGCAGCAGCAGCAGCUCUCUCCGCAGCAGCACUGUGAAGUUUCUCCAAGCCCUAAAGAAGCUCAUGGCAGCAAGGCUGAAGCUUUCCACCUCACCUCAGCAGGUGAGGAAAUGCUGCCCAGUAAGACUUUUGCCUCUAAAAGCUACCAGCAAAAAGUGAGUAGAGAAGAUCCAGGCAAAGCUGCAAGCAGAGAGCCAGUUCAGAAGGCAGGUGGGGAAGCCACAAGCCUCGUCUUUCAGAAACACACAGCUCCUUCAAACCAAGGACAGAAAAUGCAACAGGAAAGUUCAGCCAAAAGCUUAAAAGCUGAGAGCAGCAACCUGCACUCUCCAUCACCUAGUAGCACUUUCAGGAGCACCAGUGAGGAACCCAAAGGGCCAAUCCAGCUGGUGUCCAGACCCGAGAGCCUGCAGGUCAGCACAGUGCCUUCCAAGAAAGUAGAAAAAGCCCUGGAGGUGACCCAGCAAGGUGCUGGUGUCCCAGCUAAAGCCAAAGCUCAAAAGGCUCCCUUCAGGUUGAGGAACCUGUUCUCUGCGACAUUUCCAACGCGGCUGAAGAAGGAGACAGACGAGAGGCAGGCUCAGCUGCAGAAGGUGAAGCAGUAUGAGCUGGAGUUCCUUGAAGAGCUGCUCAAGCCAAAGAGCAAAGGUGACCUCCCGCCACAGGAGUACCUGCACCCUCCCGCCCCGGGGCGCUGCAGCUGCCAGCUCAGGAGCAGUCCUGUGCAGAAAGUCCCGGGGAUGUCCAGGGAACAACGGCGCAGCUGCGACUGCAAGCGGCUCUGCAGGGGGGUGAGGCCGCCGCCCAACCAGCUGCUGAUGGCAGAGCUGGAGCGGCAAGGGAGGGACACAGUCAGCGACGAUCAGAAGCAAGCAGAAGCCGCCAGGCUGCCGGGGGCGAGCAGCCCUUCCAAAGGCAGGCGGAUCCGAUCCACAAGCCUGGAGUCCCGGGAGUGCCGGUCGGAGCCAGAGCACAGCGUGUCCUGCCUGGCCACCUGCGCGUCCCGCGGCGAGUGCGUGGGGGCGCCGCACUACAGGAAGCUGCUGCGGCGCUACAGCGUCAGCGAGAUAGACAAGGCUGAGCUGGAGUCCCUGUCCUCGGACAUCUGCCACAACAGCUACACCCCCAAGCAGAAGGCACCCCAGACAGAGCCCGAGCCCACCGUCCUGUGUCCCGCUCUGAAGAGCAAAAUCCAGGAAGCCUCUGCCGUGGCUGACCCCUCCUACGUCCAGCUAGCGCAGGAGAAAAAGAACCAGAAGGGUUCAGCGGUGUUCUCUGUCCAGGAAGAGAUGUAUCCAAGACUCGCUGAGCUGCAGGAUGAAGACGUGGAGGAUGAGAAGUGCUGCUCCAUCCGGUACUGCUUCUACUACAGGAAAUGCGACGUUGCAGAUGAUGGGAGCGAGAAGGACGAGCUGUCCUAUUCCAUCCCCAUGCAGAUACUCCCAGGGAUGAAGCUGGACAAUCAGAUGGUCCCAGUCAUGAGCAGGACGCUUCAGGUCCUAGAUGCAACAGCCUGCAGCAGUUCCAUUGACAGCCAGACCCAGGAAAUAGACCUAAGGACCUCCAGUUUUGAGGGGAGCCUGGCAAAGAUCAACACCCUCCGAGGCCAUGCCUACAGCUUCCCCAAUGGGUUCCUGCAGGUGCAGCUGGACACCAACGAGCUCCUGACUAUCCUGAGGCAGUGUGUGACGAGCCCUGACGUCCAGGACUGCAAACCCUACAUCUCCCAGCUGGCUGAGUACAAGCAAGAGCUUGCCCUUAAAUUCAAGGACUUCCGUGCCUCCUGCCGCCGUGUGGCAGCCGUGGACAAGAGCCCUACCCACAUGCUGUCUGCCAUCACAAGCAGCUUCCAGGUGCUAAGCAGCCUCGUCGAGACCUUCGUGAGGCUGGUGUACGUCGUGCGCUCGCAGUCCCAGCGCCAAGAGCUGCUGACCAAGGUGGAGGAAGUGGUGAGAAACUACACCUUCCUCCUCAAGGCUGCAGAGGAGUCCACAGCCAGAACGCUGAGCCACCAGCAGGCGGUGGAGCAGCUCGCCCACCAGUCAGCCACGGUCGCCACUGUCAUGAGCACGCUGACACGCUCCCUCAAGACGCUGAUCAAUAAGUAAGCCAGCCCAGUGUGCUGGGCCCGUGUGCCAGUGGUUCUCAAGUCACAGGGGUCUGGGGAGGAUGCAUGUCUGCAGGCCCUGCGUCCAGCAGGGGUUGUGGCAGCCAAGAUGCUCUUUUACCUCUGCAGAACGGGUGGUUGUGGCAGUGGUGCUUCAAAGGGUAAGUUGGUGCCCUGUCACAGGCUGUGCAACCAGCUCAUCAGGGGUCUCAAGCAGCUGCUCUGCUUGCUCUCCCACCUUGCCUGGUUGGUGACAGCACCUGGGGAGCACAGUCAUGCCCCCUCCGUGCUUAUUUUGGUUUCAUGUGAUUCUGAGCCUCGCUUGUGCAAAGACCUUUGUCAAGGUGUGUGGUGGGCCAGGGUGUUAGCAGGAAAAGAGCUGAGGUCUUCUGGCUUCACUUGGGCAGUUUGGAGCCAAGCCAGUGUCUUGCCACAUAAAAGUGAAGUCUUCUGGCUUCAAUUAGGCAGUUUGGAGCCAAGCCAGUGUCUUGCCACAUAGACAGCUCUUCUGCCUCCAGGGUCUCCCUGGCCCACAAAUGCAGAGUCAUUAUCAGCAGAAGGAUUCUCUGGGGUGCAUGUUCUGCAGCUGUGCUAGGGCUUGGGAUGUUGGCCUAGCAUGGGCAGGAUGCUGUAAUCCUAGGGUAGAGCCCUAGCUAGCAGUCUCUACCCUCACCACCUGGGCACCAGUGCCCUAAUCCUGAGCACAGCUACUGCUUGUGCAGGAGAUGGAGGCUUGAUGUGUGCAAGUAGGGAGGCUCUGUCAGCCCAGCAUCGGUGCCAGGAAAGCACAUGGAGCAGACCACCCUGAGUGCCAUCACACAGCACAUGCAGGACAGCCAGGUGCUCAGGCCGAGUCAGAAUGGGUUUACAAAAGGCAGGUCCUACUUGACUAACCUUGUCUCCUUCUACAAGGUGACCCAUCUAGAGGAUGAAGAAAGGGGUGCUGUCUGCCUAGGCUUCAGUUAUGCCUUUCACAGCGCUUCCCCUGGCAUUCCCUUAGAGAAACUGGCCCCUGAUGGCUUAGGGGUACUCUCUGCUGGGUAAAACAAUGCCUGCAUGGCCACGUCCAAAGGUGAUGGUGAGUGGAGUUAAAUCCAGUUAGCAGCUGGCCACAAGUGGUGCUCCUCAGGGCUCAGGAUAGAGGCUUGUUCUCUUUCAUCUCUGUAUCAGUGAUUUGGACGAGGGGAUCGGGUGCAGCCUCAGUAAGUUUGCAUGUGGCACCAAGCUGGGCCAAAAUGCCAGAGGUGGUGGUCAAGCAUCCUGGCUUGCAUCAGCAGUCGUGUGGCCAGCAGGGCUAGGGAAGUGAUUGUCCUUCCAUAUUCAGCACUGGGGAAGCCAUACCUCAAACACCGGGUUCAGUUUUGGGCCCCUCCCUACAGAGGACAUUGAAGGGCUGAAAUGUGUCCAAAGAAGGGCAAUGAAGCUGAUGGAGGGUCGAGGGAACAAGCCUUAGGAGGAGUGGGUGGGAGAAUUAGGAUUGUUUGGUCUGGAGAAAAGGAAGCUGAGGGGAGACUUUAUCACUCUCUACAACUUCUUGAAGUGUCAAGAAGUUGUAGCAAGGUGGUUGUUGGGCUCUUCUCCCAAGUAUCAAGUGUUAGGACAAGAGGAAAUGACCUCAAGUGGCACCAGGGGAGGUUUAGAUUGGAUAUUAGGGAAAUUUUCUCAAGGGUUGUCGAGGUUGGAACAGGCUGCCCAGGGAAUUGGUUGAGUCACCAUCCCCAGAGGUGUUUAAAAGACAUGAGGGUGAGGCACUCAGUGACAUGGUUUAGUGGUGGACUUGGAAGCCCUAGGUUAACAGUUGGACUCAAAAGACUGCACUGAGUCUUUUCCAACCUAAGCAAUUCUUUGAUUCUAUGACUCUGUGUUCCACUCCCUCUGCUGGAUCACUGUGUCCAUGCUAGAGAGACUUCAAGGAUCCAGACUGAUCUUUGACCAUUGCAAGCAGAAGCUGGGCUGGCAGCUGAAAGGUGACCUCUUUCACACCAUUCUCCAGAUGCCAUGCCUGUGCUUCCGAGGCUCAGCCCAAACCUGUUCUGAUUUCCUUUCACCAUGCCCAUCAGAGAGAAGCCCCAGAGAAGCUUUGUCAGUGAGCCAUGGCUGGCCCCGAAGCCAUGUGGUGCUACUGGCACCAGCCACAGCAGCUCCCUCCUUGCCAGAGUGCUGGAGUCCUUUUCCUGUCCCCACCAGACUGACUGCCAUGAGAAGUUUAGUGCUGAGUGAUGGUUAUUUGGAGUUGGGGGUUUGGAGUGGGGGUUUUUCCGCUCCCAGGUGGAUGGUGAAAUGAUUCCUCACUGCCUCCCUUCACAUCCUGAGGUUUCUCUCUUUCCUCCCAGCCCAGCUUCUAGAAUCAGAUCACCUUAACUGGUGCUUCACUGCAGUCACCCACCCUCCAAAACAGAACAAGGAGGGAAAUGCAAGGCUAUGCAUUGCAUUGCCCUUAUCAUGCCACCCGCUGCACACGUGCGCGGGGAGAGUGGGUCCUGCCAGGGUGCCUGGCCUCUGUCACACCCACCUCUGGCUGAGAAAAGGGACACGGGGGCAUCGGUGCCAAGGGUGAGACCAGUUGUCAAAUCCAGCCAGCUGGCCCCAGCAUUUGGGCAUGGUCAAGGCUCUGCACCCAGUCAGUCGAUGCUUCCCAUCUCUCUUGCUCCGCACAAGUAUGCACACUGGACACCUCUCGCUCUUCCACGGCCUGCUUUGCAGCCAAGGUGUCCUCUGCCACCUGCAAUAACCACCCCUGGUCCAGCCCCUGGCUGCCCCAGACUUUGGCCAAUGCUGUCAGCAAGGCAGGAGAGGACCCUGCUGUGGGGACAACCUCCUGCUUUCAAGAACCAUGUAGCAAAUCUGGAGUGGAAGAGCCAAGUCAGAUUUGGGUCUGUGGUGGGCAAAGCUUUGUUGUCCUGCUGCAGGUGGAUAGGGAGCCCUGUUCCUCUCUUUUUUUCUCUGUGUGAAUGAUCUGUUAUGAAACUCUUGAGUUUCUCCAAGCUCCAUCCCUGUUAUGCCUAUAUCAUUCCUUCAUCAAUCUCUCAGUCUAAUACAGAGGAAAAACAAACCAACAAUUUUUUAUUGUCUGUAUAUAGUAUACAUAAAUUAAAAUAAAUAUAUAUAAAUUAUAUAUAUAUAUAUAUAUAUACAAAUUUAUGUCUUGUUUUACAAACAAGAGAGAUUAAAUAUAUUCAUCUUAAUACCCAAA